GUUUUUACUUGUUAGUGGAGACCCGUCAUAGUUGUCAGACCCUUCAAGACCACCACAUUUAUUUCAGCAUCACAGGUCAAGGGAACAGGGCCAAAACUUAAACAUGAUUUUAGACAAGUGCACUUGUGACUAGACCUUGGGACCGACUUAUACGGAUAUAUUCUAUUUCUUUAAAGAUGUCGAAACCGGAAUCUGACCUCAAAGAAAGAUUGAGAAACCUCUUCAAAUUCAGCAGAGCUCCAGCACCUUUGACAGCGCAUAGAACUCAAACAAAAGAUAUCGUCCUCACUCCUGAUGUAUUGAGGGAGAUCUGUCCUGAGAGUCCUGCCAACAAUCGAAUCCGGACCAUCCGUGACCUCAGUGACACAGUGAAGAAGAAGAGGUUAGAGGAGAAUGCAAUAGAGGCACUAUGGAAGAACAUUAGUGACCUCCUCCAACCCCAAGUAAACACAGAAAGUCGGCUUGUUGCUUUACACUUCCUGAAGUGUCUCCUGGAGGGACAGCUACAGAAUCUUGGCAUCCUUAGAGGACAUUUCUUUAAGGUCAUCAAAGCCUUGACAGGUCCUGACGAUCUCUCACACAGGCUGGAUCUCUUCAGGAUUCUAAGUGAAAAUGGCAAGAGCCUGCAUGACUUUGAAGAUGAAACGGGUCCUUUCCUAUUGAAGUGGAUGUCGGAGGUGAUAUCAGCUGGUUACAUCAGCAACUUCCUGUCUCUGCUUAUCAACGUCAUCAAAUACAAUGCAGCCUACUUGUAUGAGGAUGAAGUGGCCGGCCUUGUGCAACAGACCUGCAUGAUUCCCAACAGCACACGUCUUGAUGAAGAGUAUAAUCUAAAGAUGUGUCUGGCUGUCCUUGACUCUGUGGUCAGCUACAGCUAUCUACCCACCUCAGCUCUCUACCACUCUGUAGCUGCUCUGUGCCACAUGGUCAACAAACCCAAGUUCUGUGACGACAGCUGGGAGCUGAUGCGGAAACUGCUGGGCACUCACCUGGGGCACAGUGCGGUCUACACCAUGUGUUGUAUGUUACAGGACAGCAAGCUCUUAGCAGACUGCCUAUUGCUGCGAGGAGCUGUGUUUUUUGUUGGCAUGGCUCUGUGGGGAGCUCACCGUGUCAGCAGCCUCAGGAACACCCCCACUUCGGUUCUACCCUCCUUCAGACAGGUUUUAUCCACCUCAGACUGGCUGGUCGCCUAUGAAGUUACCAAGUCUGUUCAGAGACUUGUGAGAAAAUAUGGCAAGGAUCAACAGCACAUCACCUGGGACAUUCUGCUUGAUAUCAUUGAGAUCAUCCUCAAACAACUGCAUACGGCACAGCUGAGUGGUGCUGUUCCUGACUCGGCCAGGCAGUGUCAGCUGGAGGUGCACGACGUCCUGUCUGCCGUGGAAGAACUACAUCGACACGGGCACUUCCUCGGAUCUCCACACAGGUUCUUCACCAUCCUGGAACUCUGUUCCAAUAACAGAUCGGAGUCUUCUGUUGAGAUGCUGAUGGAGCACCAGGCCCAGGCCAUACACCCAGGCAAAGAGCAGUGGAUGCAGAGUCUGAACCACCUCAUGGACAAGUACUUUAGGCAAGAAACCAGAACUGGCAUUCGCAAGAAAGCUUUGGAUAUCCUGUCCCAUGUACUCAGCAUUAACAAACAUGUUUAUGAGAGCGACCUCAUUGAGCGGGUUGUGUUGCCACAUCUUGGCCACAUCGAGUCUGACCUUGACCCCGAGGUGAGAAAGGUGACCGUUGAGAUGUUGCUGGUGCUUGCGCAGGACUGUAAGACAGGCGAGUUCCAGGACAUCAUGGCAGUUGUUGAGAAGGUGAUAAAGAAACCCCUGAGCACAUUCCCUGCCGGGGGCGAGAUGGAUGUCAGUCAGCCGGUGGACGAAGCUUUAGUGGUGGAUGUGAAAACAGCUGUCUUCAAACUGUGUGAUGUCUUCAAGCACCGGUUGUACAUAAUUCCAUCAAACUACUGUGUCAGGAUUUACAGUCAGCUCAUCAGUCAUGUGAACACCCACUAUAUCCAUGGUUAUAGCGGAUACUCAGCAUCCUGUAUCAGACAAUCGGUUAUGGAGUUGCUUCUACAACUCAGGUCAGACAGUUUCCACCGCAUCGGCUUCACAGAGGUUGGACAAGAUGGCCCAUUUAGCCCGUAUAUCACAUGUAAACAGAGGGAUGAGAGGGAAGAAGAGGCUCCGUCCAGCCCUGUUACAGCUGCUGGUGUGACCCCGAGUCCCUGGUACCAACCACCUGCCAUCAUACAGUACAGUGAAGCAUUCAAGCUCUACAUCACCUGUUUACAACAUGAGUUUGACUGGCAUGUACUGAAGUGUGUCUUGGAACAUCUCCCUUUAGUCCUGCAGAAUAAGACCCUGAUUCUCACCACCACAGACAACAUGGUGGCGACUCUCUGUCAUCGUCUUUGUGCCAUGGUAAAUGACAGGUCUUUGGGAUUUCUUGAGAAACUACAGAGGUUACCAUCCAAAUUGACACGAUCGGACUUCCAUUCCUAUGUGUUUCCUGUGCUGGCUACCAUGGUCACCUACCAUGAUUACCUGGACAGAAAUGGACAGAAAGAGCUGCUGAAGUGCCUGGAGUUUGGCCUGGUGUCCAAGUGUGCCAAGACGUGUGUGAGUGCUCUGCGUAUUUCGGCCCUGGAGAUGCAGGAGGUUAUGAUGAGGUUGCUGCCCUCUGUGUUGCUGUCUCUCUCCAAGAUCUCGGCCACAAUGUCCAUGGCCAUUCCUGUCCUAGCUUUUCUAUCAAGCAUUGUCAGGCUGCCCAAUCUUUAUGCGAACUUUGUAGAAGACCAGUACAUGAGUGUGUUUGCUAUUGCUCUCCCCUACACAAACCCAUUCAAGUUCAGCCACUACACAGUUUCCCUGGCUCACCAUGUUAUUGCCAUCUGGUUUGUCCGGUGUCGCCUCCCAUUUAGAAAAGGAUUUGUCAAGUUCAUACACAAGGGCCUCAGGGCUAAUGUGCUGCAGCAAUUUGAGGAGAACUCUGUGCACAACCUCCAGAAUCAGGACAGCAGGAACCAGGACUCAACAAACCGUAUCCGCAGUGGCUCGUACAGUGAAGGGGGACGGGUCAGACGCAGAAUGGUGUCGGGAUCUGCUUUGACCAAACGGGACCCACCACCUGUGGAUGAGAAAAUGACUCUCUUCCAUCGGGAACUGACUGAGACAUGCACUGAUGUCAUGGCCAGAUAUGCUUUUGCCAACUUUUCAGCAGUACCACACAGGUCUCAGCUGGUACAGUUUUUACUCUCUGGAACACAGAAUCAGACAUGGCUGCUUGGCAACAAAAUCAUCACCAUAACAACAAGUGGGAGUGGUGUUAAGGCAGCUAAUGCCGGUGUUUGUGAGAAAUGCAUCCUGUUAUAUCAUGAAGCACAAGAAGGAAGACAGCCGCCAGUUUCUGCAAAGAGAGAGCGCCGCAGGCACAAGUCUGCUGCCUGUCUGAGUCGCAGUCAGAGUCAGGUGGAGCCCACCUCCUCCCCUAGUGCUGAUGAUAUUGGUGUGCAGCAAACCAAGUGGUCACACGACGACCUCAGUGUCACCCGGGGCAGUGACGAUGUAGGAGUCCAAACUGGCAGCUCACUGUCAGGGGAUUCUCUUGACUCGUACCUCUUUGGUUCGAAAAGUGAGACGGAAGAGAAGCCCUUCUCCCCUAGCCUGCUUCCCUGUACCUGCUGGUGCAUUGGCUGGGCAGAAGUCAACAUCCGCGGGCCCAGUGGCAAUGUAUCGUGGGUCAUGAGGAUCGAGAAUGAGAUCAGCUCCAGUGCUGCAAGCCGUGAGGUCUCCUUACAGGACAUCACAAUGUUGUUUAAACCUAUGCGAGAGGAGUGGCACAGCAGCAAAGAGGGAGGCCGAAAAAUUGAUAGUGAGAGUCUUGGAGAGGAGGAAUAUGAGUCUCUCUACUCCAAACACUUCUCAGCUUACAUUGAUGAUGGCAGCAUGUUGCAGUCAGCUGUGUCUCUUACUGCACAGGGAGAAUCAGUUGCAGUCCAGGCAAGCGUGUCUUCUUUGGACCAUUGCCUCACAGUGACCAGCAGUGACCCCUCCACUGAUGGGGGAGCCAACACAAACAUGCACUUUCAGUCACCAUACUCGCUGCGUAAGACAAGUUCCUCUCCUUCUUUGUUUGGGUCCUACAGUGAAGAGUCCGGCUUCCCAGACCAGUUGACUGACGACAGACUCAUGGAAGGCACAGAGGUAGUGCUGGAGCACAAGGCAGAGGUACCCUCAACCCUCCAUGCAGUGGGAGGACUAGGUGAGGAGCAGGGUCUCCACGCAGGUGGUGUACCAUCAGAAGGAACCAGCCUGGGAGAUUGUCAAACAGACUCAACUCCUCUACAACUCUUAGAGGAAUGUGUAGCCAGAAGACAGGACUCCUCUCAACAGUGGCAGCAGCAGGCAGGCAGCAGUUCCCACGACUCAUCUGUGCAAGAUGAGGUUUCAGAUUUACAACCUGUCAAAAAGAGAGGCCACACAAUUUCUGUGAUGUCCCCUGCCCAGGAUGUCAGACAGUCGGACGACACUGAUCCGAAGGGGGCGAAGGGAGGCCGAAGCAAAGAAUUCAGAGGAGGUGUUAGUCCAAGUUUUGUAUUUCUGCAGCUGUUUCACAACCAUCCACUCUUCAGUGGAUCUGACACCCCAGUUCUCCUUCCUCAAACUGAGACUAUAAACCGUGCUCUGCGGAUGUUGGACCACAUUCACCCAUAUGAAACUCACAAGAUUGGUGUGAUAUAUGUUGGCCCAAACCAGGUGACGGAUGAGAAAGGGAUCCUGUGCAAUCUGUUUGGUUCCCCACGCUAUGCACGGUUUGUGCAAGGACUUGGAGAGCUAAUACACCUGCAGGAAAUUGACCCUGAUCGCAUAUAUGUUGGAGGUCUGGCACUGACCGGAAGUGAUGGCCGGUUUGCCUACAGCUGGCUGGAUGAGUCCAUGCAAGUUAUUUUCCAUGUGGCUACUUUAAUGCCAAACAGAGAGUCUGAUCCCAACUGCAAUGCUAAGAAACUGCACAUUGGAAAUGACUUUGUGACGAUCGUGUACAAUGACAGUGGUGAAGAGUACAAGAUGGGAACCAUCAAGGGGCAGUUCAAUUAUGUAAACAUUGUCAUCCGUCCACUGGAUUAUGAGAGCAAUGCAGUGACUCUGCAGACUAAGGAAGAUAUUGCUGAUAUCCUUGGUCACACAGACACCAAGAUCAUCUCUGACAGCAGCCUGGCAGUGCUGGUGCGACAGAUUGCAAUGCAUUGUAAUCUUGCAUCAAUGGUACUGCAGCGACAGCAAUCCCAACCACAAGAUCCCUUUGCCUCUAACUGGUUAGAGAGGCUCAGGCAAAUUAAGCGAAUACGACUAAAAGCUAGACAGGAGGAAAGAGGGGACCACGAUGAAGUCCUAGCGGAGGACAGUGAACAGAAGACCUUUAGAGGACGGUCCUUUGUUGAAGAUUUUACUGAUUAUGUAUAGUACUAAAAGGGAAUUGUUCAAAUGAUGAAACAGACUGAGACAGGUGAUUAUUUUGAGAAAAACCUGUUAGCUGUCUGAUUCUGCCUGCCAGUUGCCACAGUAAUUAUCUCUGUGUGACAUGCAAAUUUAUGGAAUUAUCAGAUGGUGGUGAUCUAAGUGUGUCCAAUGUUCAUGAUUAUGUUGUCAGAACCAUACCCAAGUGGUAAUCUUCUUUUGAAACGGCAGUCAACACACAUACUGAUAUAAUGUUCAAAGCUGUGUAAAACUUAACUCCAGCACUCAUGACCAUGUGGAGAUUUAUCAGAUAAGACCCCCAAUGUCUUAUCAUAUUGGAACUCAAACUAUGGACUGCUGACCUGAAUUAAAACUGGGGUUAUGGUGUGUUGGAUUGUCCAUUGGUCAGUGUAUUACAUGAUUGAACCAAUCUGUUGCUCACAGGACUCUUAUCCAACUUUUGACAUGAACACCAUGACCGUCAUGUCAGCAAUUUGGAAACUGUUCUUUUUGUCCAUUGUAUUAAAACAUCUGUUAUUUAUGUU